UGUAAGGCCCUACAGACUGCCUGGCUGUCUCAGUUCUGACCCUAGAAAGUCAUGCUCCAGGUGUGAGUGGUUAGCACUACCACAGUGGCCUGGCUGUCUCAGUGCUGACCCUAAGGAAUAAUGCUCCAGGUGUGACCAGUUAGAAACUACCACAGUGGCCUGGCUGUCUCAGUGCUGACCCUAGGGAGUAAUGCUCCAGGUGUGAGUGGUUAGCACUAUCACAGUGGCCUGGCUGUGUCAGUGCUGACCCUAGGGAAUAAUACUCCAGGUGUGACUGGUUAGAAACUACCACAGUGGCCUGGCUGUGUCAGUGCUGACCCUAGGGAAUAAUACUCCAGGUGUGACUGGUUAGAAACUACCACAGUGGCCUGGCUGUCUCAGUGCUGACCCUAGGGAGUAAUGCUCCAGGUGUGAGAGGUUAGCACUACCACAGUGGCCUGGCUGUGUCAGUGCUGACCCUAGGGAAUAAUACUCCAGGUUUCAAGUUUUCCAGGGCGUCUUAUGUUUUGAGCUUGUUACGUCCCCAGAUAGUCAAGGAUUUGCAGCUUAAGGUCAGCGUCAUAGAGCUGGAACAUUGCUGAGUUUGGCAUUAAACCACAGACAAAACAUGUAAAGACAUGCAUCCGAGGACAUGCAAAAGAAGUAUUGUUCAGCAAAAGUAUGGGUUGAAGGUGUACCUGCGUGACCCCAGCUCCUACACCCCCCUGGCGACACCUGGUGGUCGUGAUGGCACAGCCAGGUCACUGCUGCUCAGUCGAGAUCAUGAGAAGAACAAACAACAGAUUGCUCAGUUCUCCCAUAGAGAUGCUCAGGCUUUCAGUGACUAUGAAGAAAGAAUGGACCGUAUUGUGGCAGCCAUGGACCCUUUGCUAGACAACCCACCCUUCCCACUCACUGCAUUCAGCUCAGCUUCACUCUGGGACAAGUGGAACAGCCUACCGUCAAUAAUUGCCCUUCUUGGAGCUGUGAAAUCUUUAGGUCCAGAACUUACCGACUUCUAUGAAUUUAUGACUGCACCAGCCCAGAAGAUAUUGGACCGCUGGUUUGAAUCGGAGCCCCUGAAGGCAACACUUGCCACGGAUUCUGUGAUAGGGGCGAUGUUGACACCAGAUUCUCCAGGCAGUGGGUAUGUGCUACUCCACCAUGUCAUGGGAGAGCUGGAAGGAAUCAAGGGAGCCUGGGGCUAUGUGGAGGGAGGAAUGGGAGGUGUGUCUCAGGCCAUAGCUAAUUGUGCCACCGACCAUGGUGCCAGCAUCUUCUGUGACAGAUCUGUGAGCCAUGUGCUGACCCGGGGGGAGAGAUGCGAGGGGGUGGUUCUGGUUGAUGGCACUGAGAUCAGAAGCAGGGUGGUGCUAUCUAAUGCUACCCCAUCUGUCACAUUCCUGGACCUGGUCAAGUCGACCACCCUGCCUGACCAUCUCACUGCUCAGCUCAAACACCUGGACUUCAAGUCUCCAGUCACAAAGAUCAAUGUUGCAGUUGACAGGCUGCCCGACUUCCUAGCUGACCCCAACAUCCAUGACAACACUGUGAUGCCACAUCACCGCUGCACCAUCCACAUUAACUGUGAGGACAGCCGCCUCAUCACUGAUGCCUACUUGCAGUGUCAGGCAGGCCAGAUGCCAACAUGCCCAGUGAUUGAGAUGGUGAUCCCCUCCAGCCUUGACCCCACCCUGGCCCCGCCUGGGAGUCAUGUGGUCCUGCUGUUCACUCAGUACACCCCCUACACCCUCGCUGGGGACCGGCCCUGGGACGAUACUACCAGGAACCAGUAUGCUGACAUAGUGUUUGACAGUAUAGAGAAGUAUGCCCCAGGCUUCAAGAAAAGCGUCAUCGGACAAGAUAUACUGACACCACCAGACCUAGAGGAGAUCUUUGGCCUGACUGGUGGGAAUAUUUUUCAUGGGGCAAUGUCAUUGGACCAGCUGUUUCUUAGUCGACCAAUUCCAGCGCUUUGCAACUAUCGGUGUCCAAUCAGAGGCCUGUAUCUAUGUGGCAGUGGAGCACACCCAGGAGGUGGCGUGAUGGGUUCUCCUGGCAGAUUGGCAGCACAGACUGUACUGGCAGAUUACACCAAGCUCUGACACAGAGAUCUGUGUCUAUGAAGCACAGACCUAGGUUGAGCAGGCACUUGUUAUAGCUGAUGACGGAUGGUGCACCUGUGGCUCUCACGUGGCAAGAAUGAGGUCUGAUGCCAGCAGAAGCACACACAUCUGUCUGCUUCUUCAACAUAUUCAUCCUAGUUUUGAUAAACUUAAUGUUGAAACUCAUAUGGCUCAAUAACAGACCUUUAGAUAGCUGAUGCUGUAGUUAGUAUGUGAUCAGCAGGCUUCUUCAGAGCUCAUUUCCUUCUUGCCUUUAGACAGCAGUACUUGUAAAACACCAUCGCCCCAAAUCAAGGAUUGACAUGAGUUGGUAUUGAUGGUUGGUCCUUCUGAUUUGGUGAGAUUUCCUGCUCAAACCACAUUUACCCUGUUAAUGACUUGUAGAUGGAACCCAUUUGAACUUAGUAUUUUUGCCAGAAAGGGUUAACCGUUCUUUGUAUCAGCCAUACAACAAUUUGACCAUGGCAGAAAUAAAUUAGAUUUUUUUACAAA